AUGAAACACAAACGCUCAUUUUCUUAUCGAACACAAUCGCACACUACAAUCAAGAUCAGAUCCACACAUUAUUCCGUGUUAUCCUCCGCUAUCGGUACCGCCUGUCGCUAUUUUAAACACAUUCGUUGCCAAUAUUCACCUGUCUGUUUAAUUCUGUCUCUAUUUGCUCUUCUUCUUCUUGGUGCGGGAAUUGCUGCAAUGCUUGUCGCCCUGAUCGGCAUCUCUAAAACGACAAUAGCAACAACAACAGCGACAACAACAACGUCAACGUCCAUGACAACAACAACGUCAACAUCCAUGACAACAACAACAACAUCAACGACAACGACAACAUCAACGACAACGACAACAUCAAUGACGACAACAACAACAACAACUGCAUUAUGUAACUUAACGUUAUCAUCAAUGGUGUCAUAUCCAGCUAGUACUAGUUGUCGGGGGAUCGCUGUUGCCGAUUUCAACAAUGAUAAUCGAUCAGAUAUAACUUAUUCUGAUGGUAGCUUUGCGGGUAUACGCCUUGGUUAUAGUAACGGAACUUUCACCGUGGGAACAAUGUUUCCAGUUGGUAAUACUCCAUUUGGGAUCGCCGUAGCUGAUUUUAAUCACGACAAUCAACUAGAUCUGCGUGUUACCAAUUAUAAUGAUAAUACAAUGAGUAUCCUUCUUGGAUAUGGAAAUGGAACGUUUGCAUCACAGAAGACAUUUGCAAACGGCUCUGGCCCAAUACCAAUUGCCGUUGGUGAUUUCAAUAACGAUAAUAAUCAAGAUAUUGUUGUGGGCAAUAAACUCACUACUACUGUCAGUGUAUUUCUUGGUUAUAGUAAUGGGACCUUUUCAAAUCAACUCGUAUUUCAAAUAGGUAAUGGACCGUUCGCAAUCGUUGUUGGUGAUUUCAAUCAGGAUAAUAUACUGGAUAUUGCGGCUGCCAUUGAACUUAGUGCCAAUGUAGCUAUACUAUUUGGUCGUGGAAAUGGGUCUUUUGCAGGUCUAAUGACGUUUACAGUUGGAACUAAUCCUUAUGGGAUCACUAGCGGUGAUUUUAACAACGAUUCUCGAUUGGAUCUCGCUGUUACCAAUUUUGAUAGUAACUCUGUCGGCAUACUUCUUGGAUAUGGCAAUGGCACCUUUGCAUCGCAAAUGACAUUUUCAACAGGAAGUGGAACGAAUCCACACUCGGUCGCUGUCGCCGAUUUCAAUAAUGACAAUAAACUUGAUAUAGUUGUUGCUAAUUAUGGUGGUAGUGGGAGCAUAUCGGUGCUACUCGGAUAUGGUAACGGAUCUUUCGCAACAGCAAUCAGGCUUUCAGCUGGUUCUCAGCCAUAUACGAUCACCACUGGAGAUUUCAACGGCGACAGUCGACCAGAUAUCGCUCUUGCAAAUGCAGGCACUCCAAGUGUAGGCAUCUUUUUAAAUACGUGUUCAUGUUGUUAA